AUGCUCAUGCUGCGCAUCCUCACCCUCGGCUGCGCCGCGUCGGCGCUGUCCGGCGGCAAGGGUUGGGUCGGCAAGGCGGCGGAUCUGUUGCGGCAGAAGGCGCCGCCCUCGGCGCUGGUGCUGGACCGCGCGCCGACCUGGGAGGCGCUGGCGGCGAGCCUCGAGGCGCAGUCGACGACGGAGGAGGCCGGUUUCGCGUCGCUCGUCGCGUCCGGCCGCGGGCCGCCGAGCGCGUCCGCGAACCUGCGGCUCUUCGACGAGCCGGACGGCUACGAGCCGCGCGUCACCCUGUACCGCGACGGGUCGAGCUGGUGCCCCUACUGCCAGAAGGUCUGGAUGCAGCUCGAGGAGAAGCGCAUCCCCUACAGGGUGGAGCGCAUCAACAUGCGCUGCUACGGCUCGAAGCCCGCGUGGUUCGAGCGCGACGCGGGCGGCCUGCUGCCGGUCGUCGAGCUCGACGGCCGGCUCAUCACGGACAGCGUGUCCAUCAUGCUCGCGCUGGAGCGCGAGUUCGGCGGCGACAGGUCGCUGCUCCCGCCGGGCGGCGUCGACGACAUCCGCGACCUCAUGGGCCUCGAGCGGGAGCCUGUGUGGCAAUCAAAUCUUCAACCCGACUUCAAUGUGAGCGUAUUCGAAUGUUUUGACACAAAAAUUUCCACCGUGCUUCGAGAACUGGACAAGAGCAAUCGAUCCAUCCAAAAAUCAGCCAAAUCGACUCCGAAUUGA